AUGUCGGAGAAUAAAGAUCGAUUUGGGGUAGCCACGAACACAUUUUGUAGCCGGAUAAACGGGUCCGCUAGACACACAGCUGCUACGGUUGAUGACUCCUACAGUGAAUUACCUGUUCUAUUGAGCGAUUCUGGUGAUGAAGAAGAAGUAAGUCGUGUGGUGUCUGUUGGCACUGUGACACAGGUUCAUUACAUCGAUGAUGUUGUGCACACUGCUCGACCCGCGAUGAGUCGCCAUGCCUUACCUGUAUAUAUACAAAUUCCUCAACAUACGACUAAGUGGUACAUGCCUAACAAGAAGUAG